AUGUCGAUGCCGACACGGCAUCUCGUCGAUCAAUUCAACCCCAGUGUGGAAUGGACAUUGGAUUCCCAGAUAUUUCGGAAAACAGUGAACCUGGCGGUAUGGCCAGUAUCUGGAGACGUUUUAAAACAGCAGGAUUUUCGCCAGACGUUAUCGAGAUCCUCCUAUCUUCAUGGAGUGAGGUCCAUUAAGAAGAGAUAUGCUGGCUUUUGGAGAGCUUGGGCUGAAUGGUGUACCAUGCGUGGGUGGUGUCCCUUUUCAGCACCUGUAACUUCAGUCCUUUCAUUCCUAGCUGGUUUGUUGAAAGAGAAAGACCUGGAGUAUCGCACAAUUGCAGUCUACAUAUCUGUCAUUUCACAAACACAUGAUCCUAUGGAUUCUGUGCCACUCGGUGAACCGCCUAUUGUUUCUAAAUUCAUGAAAUAAAUAAUUAGAGCAAAACCGCCCAAACCAAAGUAUUGUUCUUCCAGGAAUGUGGCGAAGGUGUUGGAAAAACCUCUUAACAAGAUUUCCUUAAAGAUGCUUACCUUUAAGCUUACUGUCCUAUUAGCUUUCACAACAUCUGCAAGAGCUCACGAACUGGCAGCAUUGGGUCUUGAUUUUUCGUUGGUGAAGGAAGAUGCCUGGGAAUUUUCGAUUCCGGAGCAAGUGAAAAACUCUAAACCUGGUCACCCCAGAGGAAGUUCUACCUCCCUUCAUUUCCACAAGACUGUUUUAUCUGUGUAG